AUGGUCUCAUUCAAGGAUAUCCAGGAAGCCCAUGCACGAGUGUCACCCUACACUCACUACACACCCCUGCUCUCGAACCAAGCAAUCGACGCACUCGCGACAGAGACUUUGUUUGGCAGCAGCAGCGAUGUCUCUUCGUCAGCUCCGAAGACUAAGGUGCGGCUUGCAUUCAAGGCGGAGCACCUCCAACGUGUAGGCGCAUUCAAAUAUCGUGGAGCCACCAACUCGGUCCUCGUUCACCUCGCUGCCGCCGAAGCAGAGCACGAUGCCGACCCGAACAAGCAAGGAGGAUUCACUCCGGACAGGCUCGUAGUUGUUACACACUCGAGCGGUAAUCAUGCGGGUGCACUCGCCUGUGCUGCCAAGUCGGCUGGCUGUAUCGCUGCAGUGGUCAUGCCGGAGAAUGCGCCCAAGCCCAAGAAGGAAGCUGUCGCGGGAUACGGUGCCAAGAUCACAUUCUGCAAGCCCACGCUCGAGGCAAGAGAGUCGACUGCCAAGGCUGUCAUGCAAGGGUACGAGAAGGAAGGCUAUACAGUGCGCUUUGUCCAUCCUUACGACGAGCCUCUCGUCAUUGCUGGUCAGGGGACGAUGGCCUUAGAGAUGCUAGACCAGGCUCCACAGCUUGAAGUUCGCGGUGCUUGCUCUCACGCAGCCAACUCGACUUCAAACUCAUCAAGACCAUUGUAUGGCUCGCGAGGCGUUCCACCCACCGGACCAAAAGCCGAGGGAGCAUGGCGUAAACGCGACAUCUCCGAACCAGUCUUUGACAUUGUCAUUGCCCCUGUCGGUGGAGGAGGCAUGCUCUCCGGUCUCGCCACCGCAGUCAAAGGAGCCGACAACCGAAUCAUCGUCAUCGGUGCAGAACCUGAUCUAGUCAAUGACGCCUUCCAUUCUGUCCAGACCGGCCAAGUCCAGAAACCACCACAGCCACCGAAGACGAUCUGCGACGGCCUCCUCACCUCACUUUCACCUCUCACCCUCUCACACAUCAAAGGGAACGUCGACACCAUUGUCACCGCACGCGAAGAGAACGUCCUCAAAGCCCUCCAACUCCACUGGACCCGUCAAAAGCAGUUCGUGGAACCCAGUGCAGCCGUAGGCCUCGCUACCGUUUUGCAAGGCUUCAACGAAGCAGCGCAGCAAGCUAGUCUCACAUCUCCCCACCCUUCCGAUCGAUCACUGUGGGGACUCAAAGAUUGGGUCCAGUAUAUCGCACAACAGAAGAUCGAGGCGGGGGAGAAGCAGCCUGAGAUCCGAAUCGGAAUCGUCUGGAGCGGUGGAAACGUUGAGGUUGGAAAAGUUGUGGCCAAGUUGGAAGAGUAUGGUCUGUAG